AUGCCGUUCGAGAGCAAUCUGAGCUUUUUCAUCAACCCAGCGUUUUUCAUUAUUCUCGGAGUUUUCGUGCACACGGUUUACGUAGAGAACUUGGAGCCGAGAGUUCUGUCGCCGCCAGGAAAACUCAGAUUUGAAAUCAAAGAAGCUCUGGAGAAGACGUUCAAACUCACCAGCAAAAAUGGAGUCACUUCGGAAAUAAGCCAGGCGGAGAAAUGCCAUUUAGAGAAGCCGGAGAGAAGGAAGCUCUCGCUCGGAAAGUUUCCCAAGUUGGAGCAGAAGAUGGAAGCAAGAAGGGGACAUCUGCUGCUUUCUUGCGAUAAACAGGGGGACCAACAAUUCCGCUCUGUCGGCGACUGUACUAAAUUCAACUACUGGCCGACGAACCAAAUCUCCCACGUGAUGGCUGAUCCUUCACGCAAACUGCUCGGCUGCUUGGUCGAGAAGUCGGGCUCGAGCUCAUGGCACAAGGUCUUUUGGGAAUUGCGCGAGCCGGAUAAUGCGUUUGUUCCUUCUGAAGCGUACGCCAAGAACUUCAAAUUCGCAGCGACCAUCGCCGACAAGGUCUGGAGUGAAGCGAUGAACGAUCCUAGCUGGAUUCGCUUUGUUACUGUUAGGCAUCCUUUGGCGCGGCUUUACUCGGGCUGGAACAGAAAUUUACGGAAGGGUGGCCCGAUGGCGAUGACGGUCUUCUCCUCCAUGAAGCUGAAGUACUUCGCCAAAGAUGGAGCAGACUCCAGCCAUGUGAUCUCCUGGCCUGACUUUCUCAAAUUCAUGGGCACUGCUACCAAGCGGUACCCAAAACUGAUCAACACUCAUUUCGUCCCAAUCUACUCCAAGUGCGGAUUGUGCUUGCGUCAGUACGACUACAUCAUCAAAGCUGAAACUAGUGAAGAAGACUCGCAAGGAAUUCUUAGUCUGAUUGGGAAAGAAGACGACUCGCUAGAACAUCGAAACGAAGCUGAUGGAUCAUUUGCAAGCAAUCCUGCUGCUGUAGGCGCUUUCUACAAGGAUGCAGAUGAAAAUGUGCUAAACAACAUCCUGGAGUAUUACCGAAAAGACAUGGACUAUCUCGGAUAUGGAUUAGAUCGCGUCAACUGGCUGCUUACAUUUUAG